GAAAAACGCCGAAGAAAAAAACAACUCUGACAUUUUAGCACCAAACAUGAACACGUCCACCGACUCCAUCUCCCGGGAGUUGUUGUGUAGGGACGCCAGGAUAGGCCGUGGGGCGGACAACUUUGGAGGCUCGUACAAGUCCAGGAACAGCUCAGGGAACCAGGUCACUAGGGAUGACCUGAAUUACAAAUUUCAACCCAAAACCAAAGAAAAAGAGGGUGCCGCCGAAGGUGACGACAAGGGCAAAGGUCACAGCAAGAAGAAACACAAGGCCGACAGCCGCAAAAGCCAGCAGAUGAAAGGUCGAAAGCAGAUAAUGAUCGACCCAUCAUCUGACAUGGAGGGCUUACAAUCCGCACUCGAGGCGGUCAAGCAACGAACGAUCGAGCUCUCCCAGCCUGGGGAGCUGCAAGUCAAGGCAUCGGGCAUGAAACAGCAGGCAUCUACCACAGAGGGUGCCGCCGAAGGUGACGACAAGGGCAAAGGUCACAGCAAGAAGAAACACAAGGCCGACAGCCGCAAAAGCCAGCAGAUGAAAGGUCGAAAGUACGUCAUGCUCGACCCCUCAUCCGACAUGGAGGGCUUCCAAUCCGUACUCGAGGCGGUCAAGCAACGAACGAUCGAGCUCUCCCAGCCUGGGGAGCUGCAAGUCAAGGCAUCGGGCAUGAAACAGCAGGCAUCUACCACAGAGGGUGCCGCCGAAGGUGACGACAAGGGCAAAGGUCACAGCAAGAAGAAACACAAGGCCGACAGCCGCAAAAGCCAGCAGAUGAAAGGUCGAAAGUACGUCAUGCUCGACCCCUCAUCCGACAUGGAGGGCUUCCAAUCGUACUCGUACGCUUCAUUUUUUCUAGCUGGAGUUGCGAUCGUUGGCGCCGCCCAGUCUCAAGUCACCAUAGCUGCAGCCCCGUCGGCGCCUUCACUCCCGCCACCACCCCCACCUCCACCACCCUCGGUCGCUCCCGCACCAGCCCCUCCACCGCCACCCCCAAAGAAGAAAGGCAAGAAAGGCGAGCCGGAGAUCAUCGAGAAGCCCCCGGUGGAGACUGCCAGUAAGGAGUCGCAGACCGAGAACAAGAAAAGCAAGCUCCGCUCCAUGUUCUGUCCUUUCUGCCGCCUGGCCGUGGAGUACGGCUUUGAGCAGAACCAGAUAUAA